AUGCACAAUUGGUGGGAUGUUCGCAAUGACGAAAUACAAUGGUUGCCUGCUUUUCAAACAGCUGCAACACGUGCUCAACGUUUCUUACGUCGAUUCAUUGAUAAAGCACGAACAAUAUCACCUGAACUUUUCGAAUUUUAUAUUCUCUCAAAGGCGAUGCCGAUGUAUCUACAAAUGCACAUAGAAGAAACUCCAUUUAUUGACGCUUUACGUCGCGGUAGACCUAAUAGUUACAUUCGAAACUGGAUGCAGUGGAACAAUCAUACACAUCCUCAUAAGUGUUACUUAGAUCAUUUAUCUGCUUUUUUAUCAGCAUCCUCUAUUGCACAGAACUAA